UAAAUUUUAUUAAGUGCACGAUCUCAAAAAUGUCUGGUUUUGAUGAGAAUCCAUUUGGAGAACCUACUAUUCACGAUCCUUUUUCGGAUCCGGCAAUAAAAAGGGCAGUCGCUUCAACACCUGCUAGUAAGGGCCUCGAAGAUUACAAUCCUUUUUCUGAGCAGACAGUAGCGCAAGGAACUGCACAAGUCAGAGGUGCAUCAAAUCCUCCUAUUUAUGGAGGAAUAGGAGCAACGCAGCAACCAGCGACACUUCAACCUUCAACCUUUCAAUCAACCUUUAGAUCAGAAACUCCACCGCCUCCGUAUUCGCGUAUUUCACAGCAAACAGUGAAAGUACCGCCUACUAUACAGGAAACAGUAAAACCAACGCGUACUCCACAGCAAACAGUGAAAGCAGUGCUUGGAAGCACGUUGCCACCUUCUACAGAGCAAAGAACUGAGGAAGAAUGGAAUGCAAGGAGAGAAGAAGAGAUGAGGAAUACACCAUAUUAUCCAAGGCGAAAUAAUUGGCCACCAUUACCUGAAAGAUGCUGUUUUCAACCAUGCUUCUAUCAGGAUAUUGAUGUGGAGAUUCACGCUGAGUUUCAAAAGAUAGUGAGACAAUUGUAUUAUUUGUGGAUGUUUCAUGGUUUAAUAUUGUUUUUGAAUGUGGUUGGUGGAUUUGCCUUGAUGUUUCAUAGUAAGGAUGUAACAACAUUUGGUCUUAGUAUCUUGUAUCUUAUUUUGUUUACACCAUUUUCAUUUCUGUGCUGGUUUAGACCGGCAUAUAGAGCUUUUAAGAAUGAUAGUUCUUUCAACUUUAUGGUAUUCUUCUUUGUCUUCUUCUUUCAAUUAAUUGUUACAAGUAUACAAGCUAUCGGUAUACCUGGAUUAGGCUCAUGCGGAUUAAUAACAGCUAUUACUGCAUUUAAUUCAACUGCUGCAGGCAUUUUUGUUGGAAUUUUAUUACUUCUCAUUGCUUUUUGUUUUAUCAUCGCAGCUGGUGGUGAUCUUCUCUUACUUACCAAGAUUCAUAGAAUUUAUCGAACAUCGGAUGCAAGUGUAUCAAAGGCGCAACAAGAAUUUGCUACAACUUUCUUGCGUAAUGAACAUGUCCAAAAUGCUGCAAGCAAUGUAGCAGCUACUGCAGUUCGUACACAAAUGGCUAACGCUGCUGCUCAGCCCCGUUACUAAGGACAUCUUAAAUUAACAAAAUCAUUUGGAUAGAAAUAUAUCCUGCCUUCAUAUCAUACUGAAAAUUCAUAAAUCUUCUAAGUUUGUUUGCAUGUUAUUUUGUUAUUAUUUCAUUGAAUUCAUUAGUAUUCACUGUAUUACAGAAGCAUAUAUUCUUAUAAAGAAACAAUAUAAUAUGUGAAAUUAUGUUUAUUUCACAUUUAUUGUAUGUAUUUUAUUAAAAAAAGUGAACUAUAUA